AUGACUACAAUAGUUCCUUCAUUUGUUACUUUCCCCGAUUAUUGUGCUAAUGAUACUGAUGUUAUAGAUCACAUUCUUUACGACACAACAGUUCAUUAUAAUCGGCACAAAAUCCCUUCCGACCCAGUUACUGUACGUAUUGAACUUUGGAUACAAGAAGUAACUUCUGUUAGUGAAUUGACACAAGAUUUUGAAAUUGAUUUAUAUGUAAAUGAAUUUUGGGAAGAUCCAGCAUUGUCUUACGAUUAUUUACGUCCUUGUAAAGGAAAUUUAAGUUUUGACUAUACUUUUUUAGAUUCUAUAUGGAUACCAAAUACUUGCUUUAUUAAUUCAAAAAGUGCUCAAAUACACAGUUCUCCUUUUAGAAAUGUAUUUUUGAUGAUUUUUCCAAAUGGCUCUAUUUGGUCUUGUUGGAGAAUAAAAUCGACAGGUCCUUGUAUAAUGGAUUUACAUAAAGUAGUUAUUUUAAUAAAAAAUGUUUUUUUUUUAAUUUUUAUAUAUUUUUUAAAGUUUCCAAUGGAUUCAAUUAAUUGUUUAUUAACUUUUGAAUCUUAUAAUUAUAAUAGAAAUGAAGUUAGAAUGGUUUGGAAUAAACCAAAACCUGUACAGAUGUUUAAAGAUAUUGAAUUACCUGAUUUUUAUAUGGUUAAUUAUUCAAUAACAAGUAGAAGGCAAAGAUAUGCUGCAGGUGUUUGGGAUGAAUUAACAGUUUCUUUCCAAUUUCAAAGACGUUAUGGUUGGUAUUUACUUCAGGGUUUCUAUCCAACUUUUCUUUUCAUUUUUAUUAGUUGGAUACCUUUUUAUCUCGGCCCAAAGGCAAUCCCUGCAAGAACAAUGAUUGGAGUUAAUAUUUUGUUGGCAAUGAUAUUUCAAUUUGGUUCAAUUAUUCGUAAUUUACCCAGAGUUAGCUAUAUUAAAGCUAUUGAUUUGUGGAUUCUUUGCGGAAUGACUUUUAUUUUUGCAACACUUGUUGAAUUAGCAGCAAUUGGAUUUAAAAUGAGAAAAGAAGAUGGUGGAAGUAUUAAAAGAUUUAAGAAUUUAAAUAAUAGACAAAAUCGGAAAACAGAUGUAAUUGUUAGUUGUGAACGUUUAGACAAAUUUUCAAGAAUGGCAUUUCCUGCAAUCUACGCAUUGUUCAAUGCAUUUUAUUGGACUUAUUAUAUGUUAAUUGCAUAA